AUGCCCGACCAAGUUCUUGACGAUAUUUCGCAUCGCCGAUACAACCCGUUGACCGGGUCAUGGCUCUUGGUAUCGCCUCAUCGUACUAAGCGCCCUUGGCAGGGCCAGCAAGAGGCACCAUCCAAGAAUGUGCUUCCCGAGUACGACCCCAAGUGUUACCUAUGCCCCGGCAAUCAGCGUGCGCAAGGAGACAGCAACCCGCAAUACAAGAAUACCUUCACCUUUGUCAACGACUAUAGCGCGGUGAAGGAGCAGCAACAGGAAUACAAUCCCGAGGCUAACAAAGAUGACGUUUCCUCCCUCCUCCUGAGGGCUCAACCCGUCACCGGCCGGUGUUAUGUCCUCACAUUCUCCCCCAAGCAUGACAUCACGCUUGCCGACAUGACGGCCGCCGAGAUCCUGCCCGUCAUCCAGACCUGGACGCGCAUUUACGCCAGCCACCUAUCGACCACCAGCCCUCUCAAGGUUCAGGCCGACAAGAUUCUCGCCACGAUCCCAGCCAACCCGGAUGGCGAGGUCGACCCGCCCCAAAACCAGCUGCGCUACAUGCAAAUCUUUGAGAACAAGGGCGCCGCCAUGGGCUGCUCCAACCCACACCCACACUGCCAGAUUUGGACGACCAGCACGCUGCCGGAGGAGCCUAGCAAGGAACUCGCAGAAAUGUCUAAGUACAGGGCUGAAAACGGGCGGCAUCUGCUUGCGGACUACACCAAGCUCGAGAUCGAGAAGCAGGAGCGUGUGGUUUGGCAGAACGGCGGCUUCCUCGUUGUGUGUCCGUGGUGGGCCGUCUGGCCGUUCGAAGUGAUCAUUAUCGCGAAGCGCCACGUUCGUGCGCUGGUUGAUCUCACCGACGAGGAGCGGCUGCAGUUCGCCGAGGCUGUGCAGGAAGUUACCAGACGCUAUGACAACCUCUUCGAGACGAACUUCCCAUACAGCUCCGGCAUUCACCAAGCGCCGCUUGACUGCACUGAGGAGGAAGCCGAAAACAGCUGGUUUCACAUGCACUUUUACCCGCCUCUCCUCCGCUCCGCCACCGUCCGCAAGUUCCUCGUCGGAUACGAGCUGAUGGCCGAGCCUCAACGGGACAUCACCCCUGAGCAGGCCGCUGCGCGACUGAGGGGCUGUGAUGGGGAGCUGUACCGCAAGUCGCUCAACUGA